CGUCUUCCCUUCAAAAACUUGGAAUGAUUUCAAAUCAUAGGCACCUUCACUUAACCCUAGCUUCCAUUCAUCAGCAAACACAUCGGAUCGAUGCUACGCUAACCUAUCGGGAGCUCACUCCGCGCGUCCAGGUUAAAUGAAUACCUGACGAAAGGGCCCACGUUUCAAGGCAGUGACAUUUGAUAGCUGAGAGGAAAAGUGGCUUUAAUGAAAAGCAACCUUUGGAAUUCCUGCUUGUGAGAAAAUCCAAUUCAGCUUUUUGUGCUACCAGCAAGAAAUGAUCAGUAGCACCAGUGUUUAUGGCUUGAAGAUGCAGUGGACGCCGGAGCAUGCCCAGUGGCCAGAACAGCACUUUGACAUCACUUCAACCACUCGGUCUCCUGCCCACAAAGUUGAAGCCUACAGAGGUCAUCUGCAGCGCACCUACCAGUACGCCUGGGCAAACGAUGACAUAUCUGCUCUGACUGCAUCCAACCUUCUGAAGAAAUAUGCAGAGAAGUAUUCUGGCAUUUUGGAAGGUCCCGUGGACCGACCUGUUCUCAGCAAUUAUUCCGACACACCAUCCGGACUCGUGAACGGUCGGAAAAAUGAGAGUGAACCCUGGCAGCCUUCCUUGAAUUCAGAAGCCGUUUAUCCUAUGAACUGUGUUCCGGAUGUCAUCACUGCUAGCAAAGCUGGUGUCAGUUCAGCCCUCCCUCCGGUAGAUGUCUCUGCAAGUAUAGGGAGCUCCCCUGGGGUGGCCAGCAACCUGACAGAACCAAGUUACUCAAGUAGUACCUGUGGAAGCCACACAGUACCUAGUCUUCAUGCAGGGCUCCCCUCUCAGGAAUACGCUCCAGGAUACAACGGAUCAUAUUUGCAUUCUACGUACAGCAGCCAGCCCACCCCUGCACUUCCUUCGCCUCAUCCGUCCCCACUUCAUAGCUCUGGGCUCCUGCAGCCACCGCCCCCUCCUCCUCCCCCACCAGCCCUGGUCCCAGGCUACAAUGGGACUUCCAAUCUCUCCAGCUACAGCUAUCCCUCUGCUAGCUACCCUCCUCAGACUGCCGUGGGCUCUGGGUACAGCCCUGGUGGAGCGCCCCCGCCUCCUUCUGCAUACCUGCCUUCAGGAAUUCCUGCUCCGACCCCUCUGCCCCCCACUACCGUUCCUGGCUACACCUACCAGGGUCAUGGUUUGACGCCCAUCGCUCCCUCCACUCUGGCCAACAGCUCGGCAAGUUCUCUCAAAAGGAAAGCUUUCUACAUGGCAGGGCAAGGAGAUGUGGACUCCAGUUACGGAAACUACAGCUAUGGCCAACAGAGAUCGACACAGAGUCCGAUGUACCGAAUGCCCGACAACAGCAUUUCAAACGCGAAUCGGGGGAAUGGCUUUGACAGAAAUGCUGAAACAUCAUCCUUAGCAUUUAAGCCAACAAAGCAACUGAUGUCCUCUGAACAGCAAAGGAAAUUCAGCAGUCAGUCCAGUAGGGCUCUGACCCCUCCUUCCUACAGUACUGCUAAAAAUUCCCUGGGAUCAAGAUCCAGUGAAUCCUUUGGGAAGUACACGUCGCCAGUCAUGAGUGAGCACGGGGAAGACCCUAGGCAGCUCCUCGCUCAUCCAAUGCAAGGUCCGGGACUCCGUGCAGCUACCUCAUCAAACCACUCUGUGGACGAGCAACUGAAGAACACUGACACGCACCUCAUUGACCUAGUCACCAAUGAGAUCAUCACCCAAGGACCUCCCGUGGACUGGAGCGACAUUGCUGGUCUUGACCUGGUGAAGGCUGUCAUUAAGGAGGAGGUUCUGUGGCCAGUGUUGAGGUCCGAUGCGUUCAGCGGGCUGACGGCCUUGCCAAGGAGCGUCCUUCUCUUUGGACCUCGGGGAACAGGCAAAACGCUCUUGGGCAGAUGCAUAGCUAGUCAGCUGGGGGCCACCUUUUUCAAAAUUGCUGGCUCCGGACUAGUUGCGAAGUGGUUAGGCGAAGCGGAGAAAAUCAUCCAUGCCUCUUUUCUCGUGGCCCGGUGUCGCCAGCCCUCGGUGAUUUUUGUUAGUGACAUUGACAUGCUUCUCUCCUCUCAAGUGAGCGAGGAGCACAGUCCAGUCAGUCGGAUGAGAACCGAGUUUCUGAUGCAGCUGGACACUGUGCUGACUUCGGCUGAGGACCAAAUCGUAGUCAUUUGUGCCACCAGUAAACCCGAAGAAAUAGAUGAAUCUCUUCGCAGGUACUUCAUGAAAAGACUUUUAAUCCCACUUCCUGACAGCACAGGGAGGCACCAGAUAAUAGUACAACUGCUCUCACAGCACAAUUACUGUCUCAAUGACAAGGAGUUUGCACUGCUCGUCCAGCGUACGGAAGGCUUUUCUGGACUCGACGUGGCCCAUUUGUGUCAGGAAGCAGCAGUGGGCCCUCUCCAUGCAAUUCCAGCCACAGACCUUUCGGCCAUUAUGCCCAGCCAGUUGAGGCCCGUUACGUAUCAAGACUUUGAAAAUGCUUUCUGCAAGAUUCAGCCCAGCAUAACUCAGAAAGAGCUUGAUAUGUAUGUUGAAUGGAACAAAAUGUUUGGUUGCAGUCAGUGAUUCAGUCUUGAAAAGUUAAAAACAAAACAAAACAAAACAAACAAACAACAAAAUGUAAUGAAUGUUGGCACACACACAUAAAACCUGCUACAUAGGGAAUAGAGCCCCUUUCCAGUAGUGUUUCGAUUGCAGAGGGUACUGGGGAACACGACGGUUGCGCUGCAUCUGUAGAGGCAGGGUAGCUUUGGAGGAGACACGCAUCAGAUGAGAGCCUCUGAUUGGAAAGCCCCAGAUGACAGAAAGCAUAUCCAUGUGGAUGCUCGGAUCGGUUCCAGCGAGACAACACUCACCGCAACGCAAGGUGCAAGUGUGUUGAUUUCAGACGGACAUGAACCUCGUGUGUUGAUUCCAUUCUGCUGUUCUCGAGAUUUAGUUGCUGUCAAGUGCCUGGAGCGGUGCUUUAUUUUUUUCGUUUGCCUCACAAUUACAUUGGUGGCAUGUGCUAAUAUAAAGAGCUUUAACUUCAAACAUUAUUGGACUAAAGAGAUGAACGGUCGUGUUACAACAGACAACCAGAUUUUUUUGCCAUUUUAAGAGCAACAGUAUUCCUCAAUCCUGUCUGUUCUGCAGUGUUAAGCUAAGAACAGGUAACACAGGGUAACGGUAAUCUGGACCUUAAUUUCUGCAGUUCAUUUCUUUUAAUGUUCUUGUCUGCAAAAACUCAGGAAAGUGAUUGUGAUUUGUCCAGUACCUCAAAGGAAUGUGUUAAAAGCACUAUGUACUGCUGAGAGUAAUAGGCUAGGCUUCGAUGUUACUUUAUAUUAAAAUGUAUGUUUACCUCAACAAUUGGAGAAUAGCAAGGAAAAUUACUUUGAAUGUAUCCGGAAAAAUUACUGAAGUGUGAUACAACUGAAUAUUUACCAUGGAAAGUAGAAACGGAAGGUUGUUUUUUUUUUUUUUAAGUUCUCUUACAAAAUAUGGGGAAUUAACCAGAGCAGAACAAUUACUGAAGAGUUUUUAAUACAUUGCUCUCCUUGGUGAUUAGGUGAAAAUGUUCAUAAACAUUACACUGGCUCAUUGAAGGCUUAUGUAUUCAGUUCGUGUUGGUGUUUAGAGCAGUCAGCCGCAGACCUAUCUAGGACCUUGGAAAUGACAGAAUCUAGAAACUGUAACUGCCUUUUCCUGCCAUGGGAGAGGUGGGGGAGGUGGUGGAGGUUUUAUUUUGGAAGCUCUCCUUCUCUCUCUCUUACACUGCUGGGAAUGGGUGUCGUCAUUCUAGUCACUGAGAGUUUCUAGGCUUGCCGGGCUGUGUCACAGAAUGCAGAGGGUAGAACCAAAUCAAACACACAAAUUAAGAAGAAAAAAAAAAAGAGCCACCAACUCUACGACUCCACAGAGAACCUCUCCAUGUCCCCCGCCCUCAUCCCUCAUCUUGACUUCAGUCUUCACAGUGCAUGUUGGCUUCUCAUCUUGAAACCCCCGGCUGUAGUUCUCCCACGUUCAUUUCUACCUCGGUUUCUUUACGUUUCUUUGGGAAAGUCCAGUAAGAAGUUAGACAUGGACAUGUCGACCACAGUAGAGCUUGCCGAAGGUGGGACUUUUCUGUUUUGUCCUGUUGUUGUGUUGUACUUUCUUCCAUCUUUUUUUUUUCUUUUUGCCAUAAUCUAGUUUCCCAAAGCACUAGUCUUUAAUGCCUUCUUUCACUGCUGAACACUACCGCAUGGCAUCUGUGGCGUUUCGCUCCAUCCCCACCUCUGCUCCUGCCUCCCACCAGGUUGUCCUUUGUCUCCUGUAAUGUGUUGUGUGCAAGUUUUCAUGGGAAGUUGGCUGAUGUUCACCAAUGCCUCUCACGAUCACAGCGCAGGACAGAGCUUUCUCCGGCACUCCCUGUGCCGAAGCAGAACAGCCAAGCAUUUUGAAUGUAUUUUCCUGGGUUUUGCCCCAUCCUUUUUUUUUUUUUUCUUUUUGUUCGUUUUUUGUUUUGUUUUAAAUAGAGAUGCAGUAACUGUUGCAAAGCACUGGCAUUUUGUGUAUUCAAUAAGUGAUGUAAUUUUAAGGUAAUUUUAAAUAAAUUCAAUGGCAGCCCCAUGAAAGGCCUUUCUGUUAUUUUUUUCCUUUCAAAAAAAAGUUUUUUUUUUUUCCUAGCUCAUCUGUAAGCCAUUUCUCUGAAACAUUAACACAGAGAAAGUGAAUGAGAACAUCAUGGUAUUUCAAAAUUUUAUCAUGUCUGAUUAGUAAUCCCCCUCUUUACUGUUUCAUGUUGCUAAAACUGAGCAAAUGAACUAGAAUUUAAUCUACUCUGAAAGUCUAUCAAUGAACACUGUUCUUAAAUAUAAAUAUUCCAUAUCUUAAAAGCAGUGCCUUUCAUUAAGGAUAAAAAAUGAUAAUAAGUCUAAGAUGCUUCUGCUUUUCACAAAUGAGUAAAUGAUAGAGUCCUAUUCUGGAUCUCCCCUGAGCACUACCCAUGCUAAGGAGAUUGUAAUAUCCACUGACUCGUGGGCCCAUAUUGAUCUCAGUCACAAGUUAGCUUUCCUGCACAGCGCUGAUCUCUCUUCUGUUUUUAAGACUUCACAUCUCAUUUCCACCAAUAGGCUGUGUUCGCUAAAACACAUCUGGCAAGCUGUGACAAACCCAGUCUCUUCUUUAGUCAAGUUUCAAGAAUCCAGUAUCAACCCACAUUUUGUGGUGUGUGGUUUGCGAGACUUAAUGCCAAAUACAUGAGGUGACAAUUGUGCUUUGUUCUCACAACGGUGAUAAUGAACAGAAGCCAUACAUGUUGGCUUUCUGCUUUAAGUGGCUUUAAAUUUGUUUGAGAUGUGAAUGACUUAAGGUUAGUUUGAGAUAUAAAUGGUCUGAGAUACAUAUAUUUAGCAGAAGCUGAAAUUACAUAUGAUUUCCACUUAGCCGAGGCAGGUCUAGGAUUAUGUUAGCGGACUGGGAAAGUUGAAGACAUGAAAGUCUCACCGCCUAUUCUUGUUUUUAAUUCCCUGUGACAUUGUUAUAAACACUUCCCAUGGACUAGUCUAAUCAGGACCCCUUUUCUGGCCAUUUAAGAGUUUGGGGUAGAACAAGUUCCAGAUCUUCAGAAGUGUACUUGUACAUUGAGUCCUAGGACAGCUGAGUAAAUGCUCUUCCUACUCUUGGCCUCUCUUGAAAUGUUUAGAACUUGGAGGAGGCUCCUAAUGAAUGUGAGGUAAUGAACCAGUCAAUUCGUUCCUAUCCAGGGAGGAGAUCCAAACAGCCUUCUUUACAACCCUUAAUUCCCUUCCUCACAACUGUAAUAACAUUUCCAACAGGGAUGAGAAGGAAAAGAGAAAAACUACAUCAGUAGAAAGAUCAGUAGAAUUUCAUGAGGUAGUUCAUAGAGACUUUAGAUGGGACACGAGUGAAAAUCCUUCACACUGGCGGCUUGCUUCUGUCCAAAAUAUUUAGAACAUUAGUGACAAUAUGUAGAACUCUGCUGACUGGGCUGGUCAAUGAAAUGUGAAGGCAGUAUAUGUUAAAGCUAUUUACUUUCACACAGAAUGUUUAUCUAUUAGUCAGUUUGCAUUCUACUCAAAUGCAGAUAGACGGGUAUAAUGUUUUCUUGUGCAUUUGAAGCCUAUCAAGGAGAAAAUAAACCAUUCCACUGAAAUACAUAGGCCAAACACCAUCUGGACAACUGAUAAAAGCUAUCCAGAGGCUAUACUAAAUGUUAGGUCAAUUUACAUGGGUUGCUGAGUACUUGGCUAUGCAGUUUUGAAAAGAAUACAGCCCCCAAAAAGUCCAAAUUAAUUCUUGCAAUAGGUCAUUGUAAAUUUAAAUAUAUCUCUGAGUUGGAAAAGAUGUUUUGGAGGCAUUUAGAAUCUCUUUCUCUGAAAAUAUAUCCAGCCCCUAAGCUGAAAGAUAGUUCUGUACCCCAACUCUCUCCUUUUUCUUAGCAAGAAUUGGGAAUCCUGAUUAUAAAUCCAUAUUACAGAGUGAAAGGCACAUAGUUUAUUGAACUAUCGAAGCCACUAAAGUUCUAAUAUAUAUAAAUAUAAAUGUAAGUAUAAUUAGUGUGUGUGUGUGUGUGUGUGUGCUGUUUCCACCGCCACCUAUUUCAACUUUAAAACAAAUCAGUUUUUCACAUUAUCCAGAAGCAACUGGUUUAUUCCUUUUUCCUAUGUGCCAAAACACACAUGGCUACUUCAAAAUUCCACUUUAAUGUGAUUUUGUUCCUUAAGAGUUGUAAAAACCUUCCGUUUUGAAUCAUCUGUCGAUUUAAUGAAGCAUCGUAUUAGCAAACAUGGAGCUGUUAUUAUUUCAGGAUUCACAGGCAGCUCUACUUGUGACUAACCAACACAUGAACUAAAGCUCACAGUCUGCUAAGACCUUUGGUUGACAUUCGAUUUUGAACCUGCCAGAUGCAUUUGUGUGAACCAGGGAUACUGCAUCUUUAAUGAAGAAGUCUCUCCUCUUUCCCCUGUUUUUAAAUACAACACAAGUAGUGUAGCACUAGGCACUGCAAUUGUCAAAGACAAUUAGACUGAAAGCAGGAAAAUUUCACCUCCCUGUCUCAGUGAUAUGUAGAAUGUCGGCAACGUGGGUCAGCCUUGCCACCGAAUGGUGUGAGGAGAUAUGAAUCAGGCGUAUAGAAUGUUAAAUAUUUAUAAAAUGGUUUUGUAGUGCACCAAGGUUGGGAGCACAUUCAUUCUUUCUUUUUGUCUUUUAAUACAAAAGGAAAAAAAAGUUUUAUUUCUAGGCUUAUUCUCUCUCUCUCUCUCUCUCUCUCUCUCCUUUCUUACCUCUCUCCUUUACCUCCCAUUUUUCCCUGUGUGGGUCUGUGUAUGAGUGAGUUUACCUUGUGAAUUACAUACAGUUGUUAGAGAAUAUUCAUUUCUUUGUUUUUUUUUCUUUUUUCAUCUGACUCUAUUCAGACAUUGUUCUUUAUAACCAUUUCUACCUCAUUGCUACAUAUUGUACAUGUAGUAUUUAUUUGUUGUCUUUUUUUGAAUGUCAUGCAUUUCGUAAGAAAAAGACUAGUCCUUGAACUUGAACAGUCUACCUCAGAAAGACUGUCUUUACACUGAACAGUAUUAGCAACCUAAAGGAUAAGAGGCAUUAGCAAAGUGUGGCAGGGUAGAUAAUGCAUGAGGACUUGGGAUCCUGAUGGAAUUUUAAUUGUAGUCACAAACCAAGACUGCUUACAUGAACUUUAAAAAAAUUGUGCACUGUGUAGGUUUUAUCAAGGUCCCAUUAUGGAGUAUAAGGAAUGCAGCUUUAUUACUACGUGCCCAUCUCUUAGAUACGUGUUAGCAUUCCCAAGUAUUUUACACUGGCGAUCUGACUACUUACGCGUAAAGAAAUUGAAACGACAUUUUUUGAUCUUCUUUUGACUGACACCCUCAGCUUCUAAAUUUAAGAGAAAUAUAGUACUUAUUGAUUCCUAACUGCAGUCUUCGGUGGUUUUAAAUGCCUUCCUUUUAGUUCUGUGACUCCUGAUACAAGUGAAUAAAAGCAAUGCCAUUGCAAGGGCCUGCACAACACUGAAAAUAAACCAAAAAUAAUGAAAAAUGGCACUUCCCAAAGGAAUUAACAAACACGGAGUCAUGGUGCUUCUAAGUCCCCUAUCUGAAAGCAUUUUUGGUUUCCCUUUUCCCUUUGUAACAUGUAUUUGUUUCUUAAAGUAAUUGUACAACUAAUGGCACAUUGAGUUACUUUUGUGUGACAUGUUUUAUAGUUGACUAUUUAUUUUAGCAUUCUUUUUCUUCACCAGCUCUAUAUUACAGUAGCAAAAGAACACUUACUUAUUUAAAAAACAUGUUGAAAGGGGUCUACCACCCACCCAAUUGAUGAAUGGACUUCUGAAGUUGCUCCUCAGCAAAGUGUGGAUAUUUUACAAAAGCAAAGGAACUGUGACAAUCCACAACUCCCACAGAUGUGAAUUCAGAACCGCAUCUGAAAACUCCCGGUAUGCCUGACAAUCUAUGCUUUAAGUUCCAUUAACAGAGGCAUCCAAUCCUUUCACUUUCAAUUCCUCGCAGGAAUUUAUUGUCUAGAGGCUGUCUCGUAGCGGUUAAGAGAAGGUGUGCUUUUGUUUGUUUACUAUAUUAGGUGAGGAAUGCCAUAUUUCUUGUCAGCUAACAGUACUUGUCUGAGACAGAAUUCAAGGGGGGAAAAAAAGAGAGAACGAAACCCAACUAAUUAAAAUUUCUGUGCACUUUGCUUCUUUGACCAUAUUGAUUUUAUUUGCUUAAAUUGAAACAAUACGCUGGAUUUGACCAGAUUUUGACCCUUUGUGAGAAGAAAAGCCCUAUAUAGUACAUGUUUCUCUGGGUUAUUAUGGUACUGUUUGCUUAUUUCUUCUGCAAAUUCUGAAUCAUUUUUUGUGUGUGCAUUAUUUUACAUCUGCUGAAGCUAAAUGUGUUAUUAUUGCACUCAUUAAAAAUGAAACAAUCCAUU